UAAAACGGUUCAAAAGAGGUUGAGCUUUUUCCUACUUAAUUAUGUAAACCGGGAGGAGUUAAACCAAGCUCUACUGUAUAUAGGGUCGGUUACAACAGACCCUAACACAGCUAUUUGAUCUUCUUAUAACUUGAAAGAAGCAACCCAACCCACAGAAACAUAGCCAAAAUGAGUCGGGACGAUCUACGCAUUGUUAUGGUUGGUAAAACAGGCGCUGGCAAAAGCGCUACAGGGAAUACCAUCCUUGGUGUGAAAAAGUUCAAAUCAGAAGCAAGAGCCACAUCAGUUACUAAAAACUGCUUAUAUGAAUCAGAGAUUAUAGAUGGCAAAAACAUUUCCAUUGUGGACACUCCUGGUCUGUAUGAUACACAGAUGUCUAAUGAAGAAGUUAUAAAUGAGGAGCUAAAAUGCAUUGAACAUGCAGCUCCAGGCCCUCAUGUCUUUCUUCUCGUCAUUACUGUUGGACGCUUCACUAAAGAAGAGAAAAACACUGUUGAACUGAUUAAGGAGGUUUUUGGCCAAGAUGCGCAAAUGUACAUGAUGGUCUUGUUUACCAGGGCAGAUGAUCUGGAUGGUCAGAGCUUUGAAGAUUACCUUGAUGGUUCUCCAGAGCUACGUGAAUUGAUUAAGACAUGCAAUGGAAGGUACCAUUUAUUUAAUAACAGAGAGAAAAAUGAUCGUACACAGGUAAAUGAGUUCAUGGGAAAGAUGGAAGCCAUGCAGAAACGGAAUAAAAACAGCUACUACAUCUACAGCAUGUUUACAAUGGCAAAUGAGCUAAAAAACACAAUGAAAUCUGUGCAAGAAAAAGAUAAAAUUAUUAAUGACCUACGGAGGGAAUUAAAAGAAAAACAAAAUCAAAUAGAUGAUCGUUUUUGUAGCAUACUCUAAGCUCAAAUAUUUGAAUGGUCAGGAAUGUAUACAUACUGUGCAAAAUAAAGAUUCACAUAAUGUUAAUGUAAUGUAGAUGUUUUGAAUGUAUAUGAACAAUUUAUUCAUCCUUUUAACAACUAAAUAUACAGCAUUUCUACUGAAUUCAUCAGAGAUUAUGUGGUAUCCGGAAGACGACACGGUCUUUAUUACUUUCCUUUUGGUAUUUGUUGA